CCGUCCUCAAUACUGUCUUACACCCACUGAUACCAGAGCACUUCGUUCAACUUCAACGCGGCAGCUUUUUAUCAAUUUUUCUCCGUCCCACAUUUGAUACUUCAAUAUGAAGCCUUCAAGCCACCCUAUGCAUGUGCCUACUCUUGAUUGCAGCCACUUCCAGUUUCAUAAUGAUGGACAUGAGGCCGAAUUUGCAGCCCAACUGAUUGACAGUUUCAAGCGAACCGGGUUCGUCAAAUUAAGAAACCACGGAAUCCCCGAUAACAUGAUUCAAGACCUCUUUCGCUGGAUGCGCGAAUUCUUCUCCCUUACGCCCGAAGAUAAACAAGAGGCGCACCAUCCGCCUAGCCGAAACACCCCCCAGCGGGGAUGGUCCAAGUACGGCGACGAGUCGACGGGAUAUUUACAAGGUGCCAAGGGCGUGGAGCGCGCAGACGUCAAGGAACAUUUCGAUGUUGGUGAUGUUACCGAUAUUCUCUUCCCGACUCGCUGGCCAAAUUCGUCACUGCCCGGAUUUCAGCCAUUUGUUGAAUCAUACUACACUGUCAUAUACACCUUUGCUCCUGAUGCAAGUGAUCUGCGUCUAGCUCACUACCCCCCUGUCCCGGCAUCACUCAUCACGCAGGGCAAGGCGGCACGGAUUUGGCCUCACACAGACUUUGGUCUCAUCACACCUCUCUUCCAGGAUGGUGUGGGCGGCUUGGAGAUCGAGAACCGAGCCAAAUGCCAAAAUCAUCCAAAUCUACAAGCUGACGGGAAGAACGACGAUGAGCCAGACUUUCUGCCCGUUGAGCCUGAGCCAGGCAAUAUCAUGAUUCUUAACGUCAGCGAUACACUCGAGCGCUGGACAAAUGGUGAAUUACCUGCAGGUGUGCAUUGUGUAGUACUGCCCUCGACCUUCGAUCAAGACGUCAACAGCAGCGGAGAAGCUGGGCUUCUUCCUGACCGUUACUCGACAGCAUUUUUCUUCAAGGCGGCUCGAGGACAGGAUGUAAGCCCUAUGGAUGUUUUUGUCACGGAGGAGAAAAAGGCCAAGUUUCCGCCAAUGACGUCCGCCGAGUAUCAGCGAUUUAGGACGCAGACUAUGUAUUCUUACGACUAACUAGCCGGGAGUCAUCAUAGAUGGAACGUAGCCAGAGAAGGAGACAGCUAAGUCCAAAUCAUCAUCACCUGACUACCGAAGAAGCGAGUUACUUAAUUCCGAAGCUACCACGUCGGUACUAAUGUGUACGGCGAGGGGGUUGGUGAGGGGGAGCCAGGUCCUAGUCGAUGCAUUGCGUUGGUCUGACAUGUAGGAACGUUGCGAUAUGAUAAGCAGGGUCGGACGCUAUUCCCAAUCCGGUGCUGAGCGUCCG